AUGAACAAUUUACGCUUAUCAAGGACUUCCUUGCGAGGGAAUGCCUCGUUUAUUUGCAUUUCACCUGGACAAAUAUACCUGCACAGCACUGGGAGCCACAGUCAACAACCACAAUGUCAUAUCCAUCCCGGAUCAACUAAGCGACUAUUCUCAUCAUCUCGAACGAACCACAGAAAGAGCAAUGUUCAAUUCCAGUCUUCAAACCGCCUCUCUGGUCGAACAUGCAUGAUCACUGGCGGGACGUCAGGUAUCGGUUUCGCUAUUGCCGAAAGAUUCCUACAGGAAGGGGCAUCAUCAAUAGUCCUAGUAGGAAGAUCUCAAACACGUCUCCAAGAAGCAGCCACCAAGCUAGCCAACUUAACUGAUACAUCAGCUGGGCUUGAUGAAAGCAAUGGCACAGUUGCAACACGUGCCCCGGAGGAGGAUGUCGAGCGAAGCACGCCCGACAAUAUCCGUCUUCUUGUCGGAGAUGUUUCAGAUGCCGGAUCAUGGGUGCGGGAGCUUGAGAAGGAAAUGGCGAAUGUAGACGUCCUCGUCAACGCAGCCGGAAUCUCCAUCUCAAACAUCCUACCCAGGUCCGAACUGGAUGACAUAUCCAAGACAUUGCGUACAAACCUCGAAGGUGCAAUGAUUGCUUCAAGAGCAUUAAUGCGCGCCGCAAUUCGCAGCCGGCUGCGCAAUCGAAAUGAUUCAGCUACUGGGAACAGACCUUCAAAGUGCAUUAUUAAUGUCUCCUCGUUGCUAGCCAUCAAAGGUGGAACUGGUGCUGUUCCAUAUGCGGCUUCUAAGGCUGGUCUUCUCGGAUUGACUCGGUCUUUGGCUGUUGAGGCGUCGGCUUCGUUAAAGGAUACCGUUAUUCGGUCGAAUGCUAUUGUGCCGGGGUAUAUUGAAACGCCUAUGAUUGCAGAUUUCACACCCGGGGAAAUGAGUAGGCUGAAGGAUCUCAUUCCUCUUCAUCGUUUUGGAGAUCCGCGUGAGAUUGCUGAUGCUGCUGUAUUUUUAGCGCAGAAUGAGUAUGCGAAUAAUUGUGUACUUAAUCUCGAUGGUGGAUUAAGCGCGGUUUAG